CCAAAAGUCCUUGCUACUAGUGUUUGCACCUCAAUACAAACAAGACGUUGAUUAUUGUGUAAAGCAUAAUUUUAGAUAAUGUUAGUGCAAUAGUAUGUCGUUUUGGUUCCAUUUUAUAAAAAUACUCUUAACAAAGUUUUGUCACAAUCUUUCGAAAAUGUUGGAUUACUACAAUUACCUCAUCUACGAACUUGAGGACCCUUUAAUAAAAAAUAAACCUUUGUUAAACAGUCCUUUCCCAAGUCUGGCUUUUCUAGCGACGUAUUUGUUGCUCAUUUAUGUAGUUUUACCCCAGUACAUGAAAAACAAAGAACCUUACAAACUCAAAACUAUCAUUUUGCUUUACAAUUUAUUUCAAAUAGUUUUUUGCACAUACUUUGUGUACCAAUAUUUGACUCCGCUUUCGGACCCUUUAGUUAACUGGAACUGUGAUUAUUUCACGUACGAAGACACUCCGAAAUCACAAAGGCGCUCGAAAAUUUGUUAUUACGUUUAUUUAAUAAAAAUUGCAGAGCUGGUCGAAACUGUGUUCUUCGUAUUGAGGAAAAAGUACAAACAAAUUUCAGGUCUCCACGUUUACCACCACACAUCCACCUUGUUACUUGUUUGGUUUCUAACGAAAUAUUACUCAGGAGGAGUUACAGCAUUUUGGUUUAUGUUAAAUUCGGGGGUUCAUGUCUUGAUGUACACUUACUACCUGGUCGCAUCUUUAGGGUUUCAAAGAGCGACCAACUUUUUUAAACCGAUCAUGACAUUGAUUCAAAUGAUUCAAUUUAUUAUAGUGAUGAUCCAUGGCUCCCAAAUUAUGCUGAACCCAAACUGUGGUCUUCCGUCAGUUGUGUUCAUGGUUGCCGUUCCCGAUGCAGUUUUGCUGUUCUACAUGUUUGGAAAGUUUUUCAAAGCGACUUACCUUAGAGCAGACAAGAAAAAAGUCAAAUAGAGACAUGGUGUUAUAUUUGGAACUAAUUAAAAGUUUUGAAAACGU